GACGGGGCCGCUCGCUGAGCGUUAGGACUGGUUCCCCUUCCCUCCAACUCGCUACCACCAAACGCAGCGCGGGGAGCUGGUUUCCCUAUCGCAGUCCCUUCCUUAGUCCCCCUCGACUAUACUCGGCGGCAUAUUUCAGUCACUUUCACUGCAUGGAUCAGCUGGACGAUCUUGCGAGAGGUCUGCAGGUCACUAAUUUCCUGGACGUUUCUGUUUGUACGAUUUUCGUUUACGACUACUUCAUCAAUUUACCAGACGAGAUCAAAUACCUGUGGAGAAGACGCGAAAUUGGAUGGGGAUUGGUUCUGUAUAUCCUCGUCAGGUAUCUUCCGUUCAUAUCGUUACCACUGGCGCUUUCAUCUCAGCUCUUGCCUGCUCUGAGUAAUGACACCUGCAAGUCUCUGCUCUACACCGUCAAUAGUAUGUUCGCUCCCGGUGGAAGUUUGACUGAUCCUGAUUUGGAAGCAGUCUUAGAGAGCGCUGAGGUCAUCGCCGCCGAGGUGCUGUUUGCUUUCAGGACAUACAUUAUGUGGAAUCGCAACAAGAUCGUCUUUGCUCUCCUAAGUAGUAUGACCGCGGUGGCCUUGGCCUUAGUAACGGCACUUCUCGUGCUGUUCCUCCCCACAAUAACGCUGGUCUCACCGCCCGUCCCAGGGAUAAAUGGAUGCAUAAAGAGCAGCGCUUCGUCCAUCAUAUUCGGCGCUUAUCUCUUCAUCGUUGUUACGGAGCUGGUGAUCUUGGGUUUAAUCACCGUUCAUGCAUGUCAAGACAAGUACAGGCUACAGGGGGGCAUCAUCGAGACCAUGAUCUACAGCGGAGCGCUCUAUUGCACUUGCAUGCUCCUAUUCUCCGUGGCAAAUAUUGGCACCAAUCUACGCCUUCACGGAAGCUAUUCGGACCUCCUUAGCACAUAUCAAACUAUUUUCCACACUAUCCUUGCCUCGCGUUUACAACUUCAUCUCUGUAGUCAAUUCGAGGUCACUCAGGGUUCGCAUCGUUCUUACAAUAGUAUGAAGUUUUCUCCGAUUGUAUUUCAGCAGGGGUCAUCUGUCGUACAUGAGGUCUAGUGAUACCACG